AUGGUAGAGAAAACAACUUCUCCCGAUCAAGAUGGAUGGGGUGAAAUGACUUCGGAGGCUAUUCAAGCGAUGUUGAUGGCCAACGCGGUGCGAUCAUCUCCUUAUCGACAUCCAUUCUUCCGACGCCUCUAUCUGGUCGCCUUUCUGUUGGUCACCUUGCUGAUCCUUCUUCCCGCUUGGACUAUCAUAUACAUACUGACGAAGAACCGUCCAAGGAGGAACUGGGCGUUGAAGCGAUGUCUAAGAGUAAGGUUCAGUCGAAGAUUAUGUGGCCUGAUUGCCCGUUGUGAGAUUGAUUAUCUAGGCAGAGAUCUAUCGAUUGACCUGGAUCGCAGGAAGCUCAAGUAUUCACAUCCGGUUAACAUCCCCCCAGCACCGUCUGAUAUCCUUUGUGGCCAUCCCAAAGAAGCUCUGGAUCUGCUCCAAGCUUCUCGCGGACGUUGGGUGCCUCAGUAUAUCCAUCGAUGCAAGAGGGAAAAAGAAGGAAUAUGGGGGAAAUGGAAUAACUCCCAUGAUGGUAACGUUUAUGGACUGGAAGAGGUCAAAGCCUUUUGGUAUACCGGCGAGAAAUCCACAGCGGAAGAAGCUCCUCCUUCUCGUCGCCGGGGAGACCCCGUCAUGCUUCACUUCCACGGGGGAGGGUAUGUGCUCGGAACUGCAGCUGAGACGAGCCUGUCUUCGAAUUUCCCCAGAGCUUUGGUGAAGCAUUCACCAAUCCAUCACGUACUUUCCGUUGAUUAUCGGCUUGCUCCCACCGCCCCGUGGCCUCUACCCCUCCUCGAUGCCAUCUCGGCUUAUCAUUGGUUGGUCAAGGUAGAAGGUGUAGAGGAAAGGGAUAUCACGGUCGCAGGAGAUUCAGCAGGUGGACAUCUAGCACUUAAUCUCGUUAGAUGGCUCAGAGAUCAAGGACAGAGCAUAGGUCUGAGAAUGCCCCGAGGGAUGGUGCUGCUCUCCCCUUGGGCGGAUCUUGGCUUUACGAAUGUUUGGGGGGAGGAGGCGAUACGGCACAACAAGGAUUCUGACACCAUUGACGAUACCUUCGGUCCCUUUGCAUGUUCUUUGCUUCUCCGGGCUCUCCCUGCAUCCAUCAUGCAUACCUCACCGUAUAUCUCACCGGCUUCCUUGCUCCUGCCAGAAGCCAGCCAGGGUGAACACUCGUUCGAAAAGUUCCCAGCGACAUACAUCGUGUAUGGUGGUGCUGAACGUCUGUCAACCAAUAUCGAGCUAUUAUGGAGCCGUAUCCGACUGUCUCGCGAAUUUGAACCGCCAAUCGUCCCCGAUCGGCUCUUCGUCAGUCCAGACGCCAUACAUGACUUCAUGAUCUUCCCUUGGAUGGCUGAGGAGGCUUCCGAGGUGUAUGAGGAUCUCGAUGGAUGGCUAAGAGAGUUACUAUCCGCUGAUCUGCCCGAAGAAGACGAGCAGUCUGUUGCCGAAAGCUUGGAAUUGGAAGACUCCCCCGAGGCCAGCUGGAAAGAGAUGGUCAGGCAACGCAGACUGAGUCGACAGAUGACGAGAGAAAGUAUCAAAUCGCAUAAAUCGCCUGUGAUGGGUCCGGUCCGAGAUGACCUCGGUAUGAUAAGGAUGAUGGAGGACAUGUCAGAAGAGGGAUUAAGCAUGAUCACCCCCGACCUAUCGAUGCCUCAAUUUGACCUGGAAAUGCCAAAAAGCCCGGAAUGGUUAACACCUCUGACCAGUGAUCUGAGGCCAGAUUAUUCCUUGGAUGAUGAUGAAGUACCUUGGUAUGAUCUCGAUGGCAACGCAGACCGAGAUUUAGAUAUGGAAACACGGAAAGAUCGAUAG